GUGAACAUAUGAAUAAUUAGAAGGAAUUAAAAAAAAAGUAAAUAGGAGAAUACAUUUUCGAAUUGUCACAAGAAAUAGGUUCUGGAUACUCAUCCAAAGUCUAUAAAGGGCAACAUAUGAAAACUAACAAAGAUGUUGCGAUAAAAGUAAUAAGUUCUCAAACAUAUAUUACACCUAUCUAAAAAUCUCUCUUAAAAAAUGAAAUUGCCAUUUUGCUCAGAAUUGAUCACCCUCAUUUACUGCGGGUUUAUGAAAUAAGUCAGAGCACAAACAACACUUAUAUUGUUAGUGAAUUGUGUAAUGAAGGUAGUUUGGAGUAAUAAAUGAAAAAAACAGAAUUAACAACUGAAAAAGUGUUAUCAAUUUUAUUACAGGUUUCUAGAGGCAUACUAGCCUUGCAUGAAAAAAGUAAAAAUUAUUUCAUUUUUAGAAAUCAUCCAUAGGGAUAUAAAGCCUGCUAAUAUCCUCAUUAAAGAUGGUAUAUAUAAAUUAGCUGAUUUUGGGUUCGCAUUAAUUGAAGAUUAAAUCGAAAGUAUAAUUAAAAGAUUUAAUGUUGGUACGCCUAUGUACAUGGCGCCAGAAAUUUCUUAAACCAAUCAAUAUUCUGAUUAUAGUGAUAUUUGGGCAUUAGGUAUCAUGUUCUAUGAAAUGCUAUUCAAAUGUAUUCCUCCAUACAGAUAAGACAUAAAAACAUUCCAUGAAGAUAUUUUGAAAAAAUGUCAGAAGUAGGAAUUCAAAUACUAAUCAAUCAUUAAAACAUUACUAUUUGGAAUGCUUUAAAUAAAUCCUUAAGACAGACUCAAUAUUAAUUAAAUUCUUAAAAUUUUAAAAUAAGACUAAAGUUAAGGUGAUACAGUUUCGCCAAGAGUUGAAUCUCCUUUGUAAAAACUAAAUUAUCAAUUCGUCUAAUCAAACCUUAAUUCUCCACUCUCAACUCCUAAACAACCAAAUUUAGAAAGUUAAAGAUAGAAAUACUAAAAACAAGUUCAAUCUCAUAAUAAGGCUGCAACAUUUGAUCAAAAGAAAUUCGAAUCUAUGAAAAUAUUUUCAAAAACUGAUUGUAAAGUUAAUUCCGUAUCAGAUUUUCCAACUCAGGAAGAUAUUCCAAAUAAUAUCUUAAAAAAUAAAAAUGAUAAUUAUGAAUAAAUUGGAUAGAUAUCAACUGAAUGUUCUUUUUCAACUUAAGGAGUAAGAUAAUAAAAAUAAAAGCCAUAACCUUAAUUAACAUAAUAAUUACCAGCAAUUAUCUUACCAACAUAUAAUUUUUGUUGGUUUUUGGAAAAUGUGAUCAAAAAUAUGAACACUUAAAAUGAAUAAAAAUAAAAAUGUAAUUUUCUAUUUAGAAAAUUGUUGGCUAUAAAAGCCAAAGCAUUCUAUUCUUUUGCUCCAAAAUAAUUUAAGGAUUAAUUGAAUGUAUGGAUUAAUUAGUUGAACUCUUAUUACGAAAAAGUUCAACAUAUAUUGAAUUUCACAAUGGAUAAUACAUUUUUAAUAUUUUUUAAUACUUCAAUGGAAGAUUAGGGAAAAUUACUAAGUAUGUAUUUAGUUAGUUUAAUGAACCAAAUAAUUUAAAAAGAAUAAAAUUCAGAUUUCGAAGUCCUUAUUGAUAUUUUAUAAGAAAAUGUCAAGCAUCAAAACGAUCCAUUCUUAUUUGCUAGAAAAUGGGCUCAUAAUCAAUAAAAAUGA